GUUCAUGCGCAGACUAGGAGGAGGGUGGAGACAAACUGGGACUGGGAUGAGCCUGGAGUUGUGCUGUUCACCCCAGCCUAGCAGACUCUAAGAGGGUCUGAGAGAACAAGGACCUGAAUGUUACGAGCUGCGGCUCCCUCCCGAAUUCCUGAAUGACAGGGGACUUGGGGAGUCCUGGGACAAGUGAGUCACUGGCUGGCGAGCUGCUGCUGUGUUUAACGGUGAAGGCACUGUGUCCGAGGACAGAGAACAAGUUGGAUGAGAUUUUAAUGUGAGUGGAAUGAGGCAAACAUUGCACUGCUUUGGAUACCCCUGCUACAGUCUCUACUCUGGAAGCUGUCCUGCUUGUGAACAGUUGGUUACUUUUGGGAUCUCACUAAUUGCUGCACUUCAUGACAAUCACCUCCAAUCAAUGGACUGGCUUACUGUGAAUAAUCGUGCCUGUACUACAAUGUUUUGCUGAUCUUUCUCUUUUUAUUUAAAAAGAAAAGGACAAGAGCUUGUGACAAUUGUGAUAAUUUUGCAUGGUUUCUAUUUUUUUAUUUGACCAUCAAAGCUCAGACAUUAAUGGAAGUAAUUGAGAUAUUACAGUUUGAAGAACACGCAAACAAUCGGCAGAGCAUGCCUUCCAGUGGUCAUGCCAGGUCCACGUUACUCCCCGUCUGCAAUGAGGGCACCAAGUCUAGUAGUUUACCAAAUGGCAUCAGGAAAAGUCCAAAGGAGUAUAUUCAAAUCUCCUUAUCAGAUGCAAACUGUAAACUUCCAAUGGAGUGGUGGAAGACUGGUGUCGCCUUUGUUUAUGCACUGUUCAAUUUGAUUAUGACGAGUGUCAUGAUCACUGUUGUGCACGAAAGAGUCCCUCCCAAAGAGAAGAAUCCUCCACUACCUGAUACAUUCUUUGACUAUGUGGACCGUGUUGAGUGGGCUUUCAAGAUUUCGGAAGUCAAUGGUUUGAUUCUUGCUGGCCUCUGGACGAUCCAAUGGUUGCUUCAUCGAUACCGAUCUAUUGUGGGACGUAGGUUUUUCUUCAUAAUGGGAACUCUGUACCUGUACAGGUGUAUCACCAUGUAUGUCACCACUUUACCUGUGCCUGGCAUGCACUUCCAGUGUGCACCAAAGCUGUACGGGGACUCCCAGGCUAAACUUCAUAGAAUCUUAAAGCUAAUAUCUGGCGGAGGGCUUUCAAUUACUGGCUCGCAUAUCAUGUGUGGGGACUUUCUGUAUAGUGGUCACACUGUCAUGCUGACGAUCACCUACUUGUUUAUCAAAGAGUAUUCACCACGCCGGUUCUGGUGGUAUUCUUGUCUCUGCUGGCUUCUCAGCACAGCUGGGAUUGUGUGUAUCCUGAUAGCCCAUGAGCAUUACAGUGUGGAUGUUUUAGUGGCCUAUUACAUUACAACGAGGCUCUUCUGGUGGUACCAUACAAUGGCCAAUAUCCCGACCUUGAAAAUCCCCUCACAGACCAAUCAGUUUGCGCAGGCCUGGUGGUUCCAGGUUUUCCUCUUCCUUGAGAAGAACGUGCAUACUUCAGUUCCCUGCUGCUACAUGUGGCCAUUCUCCUGGCUUCCAAGCUGCCUGAAGUCAUCAUGUUGGAGAUACUCUAGGGUUCAAAAGUUGUGAAAAGAUGGCACAAGCCCAAGUGGGCCUCCAUGCUUUUCUGUGCAGCAGCCCAACAAAAGAAAAAUAAUUAUCUUUAUGGUUUACAGUCACUUCCAUCUAAUAAACAAAUCAAGCACUUUUCCAGAUGACAGCUUGAAUGUAAGCCCGAGAAAUCUAGGACAGUGGGGAACCAAUGCUUUGCAGGCCCACUUGGUUAUUUUUAAUCACUUCAGCCUAAAUUUCAAAUGCAUUAUGGCGACAGUGCAAUUACGUGAAUCAUUCCUGAAGAGUUGGCUCAAUCUGUAAACCAUAAAUGAGGAUCUUAGAUUAAUUAUCACUUGUGAUCUAGGUAACAAGGAUAUACAGACGGAGAGUCUGUGAGCACAGUUCCACCAUGUUUGAAUAUUUCACUUGAAGGAAGAGUUGGAAGGCCCAAAUAGGAAAACUAACUAUCCUGCUGAGUAUCUUCUAACUAAUCUAUGCAACACAAUAUUUUGCACAUUAUUUCAGAUAUAACUACAACUGUGAACUUUGAAUUUCUAAAACCAGCAUCCCUAAGUCCUGUCUCGAGAAACUGGGAUUCUGGGGUGAAAAUGUAGCACAUGCCAAAAGAAACUGACCAAAAGGUGGUCAAGAGGUCUUACUCUGGGCACACCAUUCUAUGUUUGUUUUGGUCCUAAAAUCAUUAUCUAGAACUGAGCUCCUUGUAACAGGGGAAAAAAAGUCCUGAAGCCCUCCUGCCCACUCCCCCUUCCCUAGCCCCUAAAUGUUCAGUGUGUAAGUGCAUACAAGAUGUGGUGCUGAGGUCUCCACCUCAGACUAUACCUGAGUUAGAUAAUCGCAACAGGGACAGCAGUUGGGAGAUAUCACAGUUGGCAUCAAUGUGACCGAGUUAGGAAGAGGCCAGCAUUCCCACUCAUGAUUGCUAUGCAUUGACUCCUGAUAUAAGUGUGCACAGGUGAAGAUCGAGUGAAACCAGCACCAGGCAGGAUUGCAAUGCCCUUUGAGAUCUGUUAGCUUUCCAGCACUUGGCAGCUGGACAUGCAAAAGGAAUGUGGGCACACAGGUGAAAAGUUGCCACCUGGAUGAGUUGCUGUAGGACUGCUCAUUGAAUGAUACCUCAGUAAAGGACCAGAGCCCUCAGGAGAAAAGCAAAUGAAAGGGGCAAGGGAGGGAGGAUUCCUAAUACGAUAUGGGAUUGUUUAAUGUUGACUAAUUUGAAUCUGAUUUUUUGCAAUGAUUUAAAGCUGUGUUUUCUUACAAAUCAAUGAUCUGAUGAUGGCAAGGUUCAACAAUAUUCAACCCAAUAGGUAAAUCCUGACAAUGGAUUUGAGUUGAGUUUAGUUGUGGAAUUUAUUAAUGUCUUUAAAGACUCCAGUCAACUUAACAGACUUAGAUGUUUAUAUCUCACAUACUUUUUGUUUUCCUGUCACCAGUCAUAAAAGUUUUAUUUUAUUUGCUAAAAUUUAAAUAGAAUUUGUUUUUAUCCAAAACUCUGCCCAGAGUAAAGUGUAUGUAUGUACUAUUGUACAUGUCACUUUCAAUAACAGAAAAUAUAAAUAUGUAUAUAUGACCCAUUCUAAAUAUUAGUAUUGCAUAUACAUUGAAUCAAAAUAGCACUUUUUUAUGACGCAGCUCCCUAUCAAAAUGUUAGCAGGUAAGGUCAUUCCUUAAGAAACAAUUCUUAUUUGUGCUAAAUCUCUCAGUCAUGAUUACAUAGCAGAUUUUUGAACGUUAUAAAACACAAGGUUUCCUGUUGAUGCCAUGGACAGGAGCAGCAUCACAUCUUUUGCAAGAAGAAUUGCUGAAUGGGGUUGCAGGUUCCUGGUACUGGAGAAGGAGUGGCUGCAGUUUCGCAGGAAUGCAUUUGGGUCCCUGCCCAAUCUCUCACUUACUGUGUACAGCUGCGUGCCUGUUUGCACUAAGAGAGAAAAGUAAAGCUUUUCAUCUGAAACUGAAGCUAGUAUAACACAAGUGACACCACUUUAUGUCUCUCUUUGUCUCUCCUUUCCCUUUGGAGACCACGCACACACCAGUACCACGUUGGGAUAAUCUGGCUCAGGAGUUGUUUAUGUAACAUUUGAUAAUGACCAUUCCAAUCCUCCCUGCUCCACUUCCUUCUGGUAACCUGCUGCAUGGAAAUCUCAUAUUCAAAUCUUGGCAUCUGUGGAAGUAUGUUCCAUUCAAUUGACCCAGAGUUGCUCAAUGUUGAAAAGGGAGAUAUCUGUACACUCUUUUGUCUGGUAUGUCUCAGUCAAACUUUAUUUAGUUGAACUUCUGGUCAGCAGUAGCCUGGAACUGGUAUUUUGUACAGAAAGUCCCUUAGUGUGCCAUAUGACUGCCCUGACAUCAGGGAAGGGAAGAGUCAAUUAACUUUCUAUGUUGCAUACUUUGAUAUCAAAAAAGUUCCCAGGUUACCAAUAGCCAGCACCUCUACAGCACAACCCACCCCCCACCCCCAACUUGCUCCCCACCACUGCUUUAAACUGUAGAGACUCAACAGUGCAGAUAUCUCCCUUUGGAACAAUUAAGAUUAUAGAGCAAUUGAGUAGAAUAUAUUUCCCAUUUUGAGGAAUGCAGACAAUUUUGGAGACCUUUAAGACUUGAUUUCUGUCCCCUGAAGGUUGCACCUUGCCAUCCCUUUACCUAAAUACCAUUCUGAAAUUCUGAAUUUUCAAAUCAAAAUGAUAAAAGUUGGAGAAAAUCACAAGGGUUUAUUGGGGAUACAAUCAUUUAUAUUUUUACUAUUCAGAAAUGCCGAUUUCCUAUUUUAAUCAAUGCCUUUUAAUAAUCUCAUGCCUUAUAUUUUAUCCUUAAUCUGUUAUAUGCACUGAAGGUGUAUUUCUAUGAGCACAGUUUGUCAUACAACAUGCUGUAAUUAUUGUGUACAAUCGAAGUAAAAUAUCUGAUUGUUUGAAAAAAUGAA